CAGCGGCUCGGCGGGCAGGGCCGGCGCGCGCGGACGGCAGGAGGGCUCGAGGUGUAGAUUGGAUUUCACCCCGGGAAACGCAGCGCGCCCAGCGGACUCGAAGCUUGGCUAUUUAAGGAGGACUAGGUCUGAGGUGAAGUUGCGGGGAUCCGGCGCUGCGCCCCGUCCUGACCGAUCGCGCCGCGGGGCUCCGAUGACUGUAACAUGAAUAGAUGAAAUUCUCGCUUCUGGAAGAUUUUCGUGGGCAUCUCCGGGAAAGUGCGUUGUAAGGCGAAGUCAUGAUGUAUUCUCCCAUCUGUCUCACUCAGGAUGAAUUUCACCCAUUCAUCGAGGCACUUCUUCCACAUGUCCGUGCAAUCGCCUAUACUUGGUUCAACCUACAGGCUCGAAAACGCAAGUACUUUAAAAAGCAUGAGAAGCGAAUGUCGAAGGACGAAGAAAGAGCAGUCAAAGAUGAGCUUCUCAGUGAAAAGCCUGAAAUCAAACAGAAGUGGGCAUCCAGGCUCCUGGCCAAACUGCGCAAAGAUAUCCGCCAGGAGUACCGAGAGGACUUUGUGCUCACCGUUACUGGCAAGAAGCACCCGUGCUGUGUCUUAUCCAAUCCCGACCAGAAGGGUAAGAUUAGGAGAAUCGACUGCCUGCGGCAGGCAGACAAAGUCUGGCGUCUGGAUCUAGUCAUGGUGAUCCUGUUCAAAGGCAUCCCCUUGGAAAGUACCGAUGGAGAGCGGCUCAUGAAAUCCCCACAUUGCACAAACCCAGCACUUUGUGUCCAGCCACAUCACAUCACAGUAUCAGUUAAGGAGCUUGAUUUGUUUUUGGCAUACUACGUGCAGGAGCAAGAUUCUGGACAAUCAGGAAGUCCAAGCCACAAUGAUCCUGCCAAGAAUCCUCCAGGGUACCUUGAGGAUAGUUUUGUAAAAUCUGGAGUCUUCAACGUAUCAGAACUUGUGAGGGUAUCCAGAACGCCCAUAACCCAGGGAACUGGAGUCAACUUCCCAAUUGGAGAAAUCCCGAGCCAACCAUAUUACCAUGACAUGAACUCUGGGGUUAAUCUUCAAAGGUCGCUGUCUUCUCCACCAAGCAGCAAAAGACCCAAAACUAUAUCCAUAGAUGAAAAUAUGGAACCAAGUCCUACAGGAGACUUUUACCCCUCUCCAAAUUCACCAGCUGCUGGAAGUCGAACAUGGCAUGAAAGAGAUCAAGAUAUGUCUUCUCCGACUACUAUGAAGAAGCCUGAAAAGCCAUUGUUCAGCUCUGCAUCUCCACAGGAUUCUUCCCCAAGACUGAGCACUUUCCCCCAGCACCAUCAUCCCGGAAUACCUGGAGUUGCACACAGUGUCAUCUCAACUCGAACUCCACCUCCACCCUCACCGUUGCCAUUUCCAACACAAGCUAUCCUUCCUCCGGCCCCAUCGAGCUACUUUUCUCAUCCAACAAUCAGAUAUCCUCCCCACCUGAAUCCUCAGGAGACUCUGAAGAACUAUGUACCUUCUUAUGACCCAUCCAGCCCACAAACCAGCCAGCCUAACAGCAGUGGUCAAGUGGUAGGGAAAGUGCCUGGCCAUUUCACUCCUGUCUUGGCACCCUCUCCCCAUCCCAGUGCAGUGCGACCUGUGACCCUGACCAUGACAGAUACUAAACCCAUCACUACAUCCACUGAAGGUGAGGCAGCUUCACCUACAGCAACCACCUACACAGCCUCAGGCACAUCUCAAGCCAAUCGAUAUGUGGGACUAAGCCCAAGAGACCCAUCCUUCCUACAUCAGCAACAGCUGAGGAUUUGUGACUGGACCAUGAAUCAAAACGGCAGGCAUUUAUACCCCAGUACCAGUGAGGAUACAUUGGGAAUUACUUGGCAAAGAAGGCACGUAAUGGAUAAUGGCAGGAGUCACAGUCAUACAUUCAACAGUCCUGGUACCUGGGCUAGCUUGGUUCCUUUCCAAGUGUCAAAUAGGACACCCAUCCUACCGGCAAAUGUCCAAAAUUACGGUUUGAACAUAAUUGGAGAACCUUUCCUUCAAGCAGAAACGAGCAACUGAGGGAAAAUGAAAUUACAACAAUAGUUUCAGAAAUCAAACAAAACAAAACAAAAUAAAUAAAAGGAAAAGAGGAAGACUGGACAACAAAACAAAACAAAGGGAGAAAGGAAAGAAACUGAAGAAAGAAGAUAAUAGACCAGCAAUUGCAGCACUUACAAUCACUAAUUCCCUUAAGGUUGAAACUGUAACGACAUAAAAAGGGUCGAUGCUAUUUCACUGAUGGUAAAUCGCAGAUCGCAGCCCCUGCAACGUAGCCUUUGUUACAUGAAGUCCGCUGGGAAAUAGAUGUUCUGUCUCUAUGACAAUAUAUUUUAACUGACUUUCUAGAUGCCUUAAUAUUUGCAUGAUAAGCUAGUUUUAUUGGUUUAGUAUUCUUGUUGUUUACGCAUGGAAUCACUGUUCCUGGUUAUCUCACCAACAAAGGCUAGGUGGCGGCAUCAGAGGUGCUGGGGGACAGAGCCAUGAGCCAGCCAUUUUAUAAGCACUCUGAUUUCUAAAAGUUAAAAAAAAUAUAUAAAAUCUCUGUAGCCUUUAGUUAUCAGUACAGAUUUAUUAAAUUUUGGCCCUUAACCCAGCCCUUUCCAGUGUGUAACCCAGUUUGAAAUCUUAAAAAAAAAAAAAAUGAAAAAAAUGAAAAAAUGAAAAAAGAAAAAAACAGUUUGAACACAAAGGCUCUAUGGAAGAAAU